GGUCUGUGUACGAAUUUCCCUGUCUGUUAGCAAGGUAGCUACUAGCUACCUAUUUUAAUACAAACUGGGCGACAGACAUUAGCUCGCGAGCUAGUUUUGUAUUUAAUCAACCUGUCUGUUUCUCGACCGAGGUGUUCGUUCCAUUUGUGUUGGCCCUGUACUAUUUUCAAGUAGCCAUAUAGAUUGAUAGCUCACGUGAGAAAUCUCGAGUUUAAGAACGUAGUAGAAAUUAAGAUAGUGACCAUCAUGGCAUAUUUGUUUUCAGUACGAGUUAUAUCAGAACUUAAAACAUCUAGGACUAUAAUACCUUUAAGUAAUAUGGUUACAUACCCUGCGAUGUUAAAUAAUAGACGGUGCUACAGCAGCAAAGUUGGAUCAGAAUCUGAAUAUUUGCAUAAGAGCAUUGUUCCAACCAUGCACUAUCAAAGAAGUUUACCACGACUGCCAGUUCCAAAGCUGGAAGACACAAUUAAGCGUUACUUGGCUGCCCAGAGGCCCCUCUUAAAUGACGAACAGUACAGAAACACAGAGAAACUGGCUCACAACUUCCAAAGUGGGGUGGGGAAAGAGCUGCAUAACGACUUGGUGGCUCAGGACAUGAAGAACAAGCACACAAGCUACAUCUCUGCUCCAUGGUUCGACAUGUACCUUUCUGCAAGGGAUCCGGUGGUGUUGAACUUCAAUCCUUUCAUGUCUUUCAACGCUGACCCAAAGCCAGAAUAUAAUGACCAGCUACUGCGUGCCACCAACAUGGUGGCCUCAGCGGUGCGCUUCAUGAAAACACUUCGGGGGGGAUUCCUGGAGCCCGAGGUUUUCCACCUGAACCCUGCCAAAAGCGACACAGAGAGUUUCAAAAAGAUCAUACGCUGGGUGCCACCAGCACUUUCUUGGUAUGGGGCUUAUAUGGUGAAUGCCUACCCUUUGGACAUGUCCCAAUACUUCCGGCUCUUCAACUCCACCCGCAUCCCCAAGCCUGGCACAGAUGAGCUCUUCACUGACGCAAAGGCCCGACACCUGCUGGUGAUGAGGAAGGGCAACAUGUAUGUGUUUGACAUCGUCGACCGUGACGGGAAUCUAGUGAAGCCAGCGGAGAUCCAGGCCCAUUUAGAGUAUAUCCUGUCUGAUCCGUCCCCAGCCCCAGCCUUCCCAUUGGGCUUCCUGACCAGUGAGAACCGAGAUGUGUGGGCAGGUCUGCGCGAGAAGCUGCUGGCAGCAGGGAAUGGGGAGGCGCUAAGAACAGUAGACAGUGCACUCUUCUGCCUGUGCCUGGAUGAUGAGCCUAUGCAUGACCAUAUCCACAUAUCCCAUAACAUGCUGCACGGUGAUGGGUGCAACCGCUGGUACGACAAAUCUUUCAGCAUCAUCCUGACCAAAGAUGGGAAUGCUGCCAUUAACUUUGAGCACUCCUGGGGAGAUGGCGUUGCUGUCCUCCGCUUUCAGAAUGAGGUUUUCAAGGACACCACAGAGCAGCCACUGGUCAACCCUGGCUCCACAGCAGCUGCUGUUGAUUCGGCCUCUGUGGUGCGCAGGCUUGACUUCAAGCUGGACAGUGAGCUGGAAAACGGCAUCAGCAAAGCGAAAGAGAACUUCCAGGCAGCCAUCUCCAAGCUCACUAUUGCCGCGGUGCAGUUCCAGAGAGGGGGGAAGGAGAUGCUGAAGAAGAAGAAGCUGAGCCCAGAUGCUAUGGUACAGCUGGCUUUCCAGAUGGGCUUUCUGCGGCAAUAUGGACAGACAGUGGCUACUUACGAGUCCUGCAGCACCGCUGCCUUCCGCCAUGGCCGCACAGAGACCAUCCGCCCAGCCAGUGUCUACACCCAGCGUUGCGCCAAAGCUUUUGUUUGCCAGUCAAACCAGUACUCGGUGGACCAGCUGCAAGGCAUGCUGAAUGCCUGCUCUAAAUAUCAUGGGCAGCUCACUAAGGAGGCCGCUAUGGGCCAGGGGUUCGACCGUCACCUGUUUGGAAUGUGCUACCUUGCAAAUUCCAAGGGCAUGCCUCUGCCUAGUUUCUAUCAGGACCCAGCUUAUGCAGCUAUCAACCACAACAUCCUCUCCACCAGCACUCUCACCAGCCCAGCUGUAAGCCUGGGGGGCUUUGCACCAGUCGUGCCUGAUGGAUUUGGAGUGGGUUAUGGGGUCCAUGAUGAAUGGAUUGGAUGCAAUGUCUCUAGCUACCCAGCUCGCAAUGUCCAUGAAUUCCUGCAGUGCGUUCACAAGUCCCUGGAAGACAUCUUCCACGUUUGUGAGGGCAAGCCCAUAAGCUAGGGAUAGGAUAAACAAUAGCCACCAACACUCUAGGGAAAUAAAUGUACAAAGGCAUUGCCAAGAUGUAUGAUCAAUAUUGGGUACCACUGGCUCUUCUCUGCAUGUUUGAAAUUAAGUGGUGAUACCAUGUGUGAUCAUAUUGAAGAAAGAGAGUUCAUUACAGUAGCUCUCUGCUUCAGUUGCAUUUUGUGUUCCCUUAACAUUGUCUAGUAUUAGUUGGGUGCCACACCUUUUUCAACAUACCAUUAAUAACAUACAACAGAGAUUGGCACUUGGCUUGGAGUUUGAGUAGACAAAAAAUCUCAGGUAAAUGCUUUGUAUGUUACUGUCAACUAAUAGAUUGGGUUGUUGGUAUUGAACUGUGAAAGUAUACAAAUUCUCUGCCUUUUCCCCCUUAAUGGUGAAUAAUGAACGAAGGGCUCAUGCUUUUUUUUGUUGUUCAGUACAAGAUAUGUUUAAAUGCAGAUUUUUUUUGUGUGCAACUGGUGUGAUUGUGGGAUCCAUUCUCCAGUACGUAUCAGUCAUUUAUCAUUUUUAAGUGAAUGUGAAAAUACAAGUUAUGAUACAUUUGCCUUUAAAAUCUGAAGUGAGCUUAAACAGAUGUUUAACCUAAUUAUAUUAGACCAUGGUUUUCUUAGAUUCAAUUAGAUUUAUGUGACAUUAGUGUAUGUUUGCUGUUUUUCAUCCAGUUUGGGGAAAAAAUAUUUGGUCUUUGUAGGCACAAGGGCAAAUAGGAUUUUUGUUAUUUUAUACAUAACUCGGUAGGUUGCUGUGGAAAAUUAGCAAUUUUGGAAUGAUGGUGUAGCUGUGGUUUUAAUUGAUGUCGUUCAGAGUUGAGAGUUGGCAACUUAGAAACAUGUUUGCACUAUUAUCCUAAGACCUGGCAAUUUCUUUUAUUCCUCUGUUGAGGGACAUAAGUGUCUGGUCUUCAUCUUAAGAACCA